CUUAAUUUAGUCGUAUGUACGGGUAUGCACCUGCACCGCAGCGCCAGCAAGACGAGCUGCGCAAAAACAUCCGUGCGCUCCAGCAAACGCUGCUCAAGGACGCUGUGCGCCAGCGCAACCAAGCCAUGAUGUGACAUCGCGGAUCACGGAUCGCACUCAUGGCGUCGUCGAUAGGCAGCAGCUUGAGGCCAUGCACGACGCAGCGCUGGCCAAGCAAAAGCAAGACAGCCAAGCAGACAUGGCGCGGACGCUGGAGCAGGUCCUUGCCCAACAAAAGCACAUGGCGACGCUCCUCGAGCAGUCCGUUCCAUCACCCGAGACGAGCGACCCGAGCGCCGCGUCGCCCCCUCCUCGCCCCAACAAGGCAACGAUGAGCAACGCACCAACACCGCCCGGCACCAAACGACCUGGCACCAAACCCGCGCCCACGUUUCGCGAAGCGACGGCGCGCGUGACGACAGCCGCCAAGCCCGUCACCGCCCCACGACUGCCUGUGGACGAUCUGGCGUGGACCGAGCACGAUACGAACCUGCUGGCUCUACCGCCCGACGAUCCCGACGAUGACGUACUCGCCACACCGCGGGUGUCUCCCGAAGCCAACCAGCCCGCACCUGCGGACGUCCGGCGGCACAAGAAGCUGCUCGCGGUUCCGACCGACGACGUUGUGUUGCGGCCCAAGUGGCGUCAGGACGCCGACGCAGCGGCCGGCAUCGUGUCGGCAUUCGAUGACGCGCCCAUGCCCUUGCACACCAUCUUUCGAUCCGCGGUGGUCGCCGUGCAGUUUAUGCUGCGGCUUCAACGGCUCGCUUUGGAGCGCCAGCAAUCGCAGCAAGCCGACGAAGCCAGGGUGAUGGCCAGUAUGCUCGAUGUCUACUCGGAAGCGAUUCGGUCGUGGCUGGCCAAAGACAUGCGUCUCCCGAUUCUCUCGAUUCUGCAAGACCCGACGCUCGUGCUAUCGAUGCGCCCUCCUGCGACGAGCUUGAAGAAGAAAUUCGGCGGUCUCUUGGCUCGCAAGCAAGCCAGCGCACCCGAGAGCCUCCUCCAGCUCAAAGUCCGCAUCAAGGGUCUCGUCGACGCGCUUGUCAAGACGACUGAGAAGCCGAUUCCCAAGGCCAUUCUGCAGUUCCUCGCCAAGCUCACGUGCGAUGGUGCCUACUUCCCACCAAACUACUUGUCGCCCCCCGAGCGAACGGGACUCGAGUUCAACGCACUCGGCGCGACGCGCAACAUGGCGACCGACACUCGCUUUGACCUCGUGACGAUCGGCUUUGUCUUUGGACGAGUCGUCGUGCCGUACGUUGUGCUCCAGCCGUGGACGAGCGGCAUCGGCGGCCGCGCGCGUCCCCCUAAGCAAGUCGAAGCCAACCUCAAGCUCGUCGCCACGAGCCUUUACGUGCUCUGCAUGCGCUUGGUGCCACUGCUGCCAGAGCCAGGUCUCGUGCUCGAUGAAUCGGAGAGAGCCGAGAACGAGACGAUAUUGACACACGCGAGCAGUUUGCUGCCAAAAGAUGUCUUGCCGCUCAGCGACCCCGCGUUCGAUGCGUUCUGUGCCACCCAAGCGGACCGAAUGCGUGCGUGGCUGGAAGCUUUGCGAAGGGUGGUGGCGACACCGACCACUCUUGGGUCUACCGCAAGCACAACGAGCCUCGGGCAAGACGCGUCCCGAGGGCAGCUGUAGCAUUUCUUUAAACCCGUGUCCGCAACACAACAAUAAAAAAGUCAUUUGUCUCCAACAUACGAAA